UUUUUUCUAAUUCUGGAGGGAAAUGAUUCCCUGUAUUCUUUAGAAAUUUACAAGAAAUCAUCUUUAAGCAGUAAUUGUUAUGGAAAAUCAAAAGAAAGAAAAUCGUAGACUGAAAAAGUAGGAAUAUCUAUCAUAAUGCAUAUGGUCUUAAAAGAUCAGACUGAUUGAAUGAUAUGAAAAAUGAAUAACUCACCAAGAAGAAAUUAUCAGGAUCUUGAUGUUGAUCAUGCACCAGUUAAUGGGCGUAGAGAAGGAUUUGACGAACCAGCAACAACAUUUCACCAAAGUAAUGGAUUUCCGAUAGGAAGUGUGAUGACACCAAAUAGAUAUGGAAAUGGAACUGGGGAGGCAUUACUGAGGACAAACCAUAAUCGGCCUCCAGCUGACCAAGUUUCAAAAUAUGCACAACAAACAGAUAAUGUUAAUGACACCGGUGUUUCAUUUGACCGCCCAAAAUACAUUCAAUAUGCUAUUCGUGUGACAAGACAUAAAACAUUUAAGAAUUGGCCAGAGACACAUUUUUUGAAACCCCAUGAUCUAGUGGAUGCAGGUUUCUUCUUUCCUGAAAAGGACGAUACAGUGGUUUGCUAUUACUGUGGACUUGCACUGAAUGCAUGGGAACAUGGAGAUCGGCCGUGGACAGAGCAUGCACGAUGGUCUCCAAAUUGCACUCAUAUUCUUAACAUGCUUGGACCUGAUUUUAUCAAGGAAACACUGAAAUGUAAAGAAGACCAAUCUAAGUUGCAGUCUGUUGAUGAUAAAUACCGAAUUAGACGACACCAUAAGACAGACUUACAGACAGAUUCAGAAUCAGGUGCCACAGCCAGAAAAGAACCAGAAUUCUAUGAGGAUAUGAUGCAGAGACCGUCAGUGCAGAGUAUAUUGGAAAUGAAUAUUGAUCAAGUAAAAGUCCGAGAUGCCAUCCGUAUUCUCAUCCAUAGAAAAAAGAGUGACGAAUUCACAGCGGUUCAGUUGAUGGAAGUUGUAUUUGACAUGGAUGAUGGAAACUUAUCUAAAGAUGACAACGAUGCCUUGAAUGGAGCAGGAAAGAAAAGCAAGGAAAAUGGUGUCAAUGGGUCGUGUUCAGAUGAAGAUUCCUCCAAACCUGACAUUGUAAGAGAGAAUGUUGCUCUGAGAGGACAACUGACCUGCAAGGUGUGUCUUGAAGCUCCAGUGUCCAUUGUCUUUUUACCUUGUGGACAUCUAAGUUGUUGUGGAGAAUGUGCGCUUGCAUUGAAAAACUGUCCAAUUUGUCGGUCGAACAUUAAGGGAACUGUGAGAACAUUUCUCACGUAAAAACUUGAUUUUGCUAAAACAGAAAAUUCAAAAGCAAUGCAAACUGAUUAAAGGUUCUACAUAAAAUGUAGAUAAGCUCUUAUACAUACAUUCAAUUGAUAGACAUAUGUAUGAUACUGACAUUCAUGAUAGCAGCCCUAGAUCUCAGUUAUUCAUCAGUCUGAUUGUUUGCUUUUUUGCAUCAUGUGUAUUAAUUUUACAGCACAUGUUUCUGAUAUACUGUAUAUCACAUUUUAAAAUAUCAUAAACUAUUAAAUGAGUGAUUUUGUUUGCUGUAACGAAUAUAUAGAUAGCUGUCAUCACCUUCAGCAUUUUUUUUGUUUGAAGUGAAUUUAAUUGGUACAGUGUAUGUAGUGUAUCUAAACAAAAGAUAAGAAAUCUUCAUGUGAAAUUUAAUACAAUUUUGAAUUUCAAAUUUUAUUUCAAUGCAGAUUACAGUGCCAUAUAACUCUACUUGUGCAAGUUGUAAACCCCCUCUCUUGUGCAUUGAAAAACUAUAACAUCUCUGUCAGAGUGUCUGUCCAUUCAUGCGUGUCUGCACGCUGCCAUCGCAAACAGCUUGUUUACAUGAUAUCUCAUUCAGUUUAUAUCUAAACGUUGAUGGUGACCAGUCAAAAUCAAGAUUUAAAGGGAAAAGGUCACACUUUCCCACUUUUAAAACCAAGAAGCUGGUGUCCAUAAUUCGGUAGUAUUCAUGUUGUUCCGUAACAUUAGCUUCUACAUGUACAUCUGAUUAGAUUUUGAUCAUCAUCAGUCAAAGGUCACAUUUUACUGCUUCUGAAAUAAUUGCAGCUUGUGGAUGUGACAUUUUUUAAAAUCAAACAUCUACCAUUUACUGAUGUGUGGGGUGAUGUUUCUUUUUGGUUCUUUUUUCAUUAUUUAAAUCACAUUGUUUAAUUAAAUUAACAAGUUUUUAAUUUUGUUGAGAGACAAAAUGCUGAUAUCUGUUUUUUAACAGAGCAAUACAUUAGCAUGGAAUCUCUAUUAUUAUGUUUCUAUUGUCACAAUCACUGCAGUCAAGUGGACACUAAAAUGAUGUAGUUUUGAAAUUUUUUAAUAGUAUAAUCAGACAGAUAUAUAUAUAUAUGUAUGUAUGUCGAAGUUUGUUUGAAACUUUUUGCAGGAAUGUUUCAUACUUUUGAAUAGAUACCAGCAACACUAUACAACUAACCAAGAAUCAUGAUUAAUUUAUCAGUAAAUGAAUAAUAAAUAAACAUAAUACAUUUCUAUAUAUAAACAUAUGUUACCUUCUUUACAAACCACUGAGAUAUUAUAUACAUUUUUAUAAUUAUCUUUCUACCUUCUGAUGUCAACAUUGAAAUCCCUGUGUAUUUAACAGACCCACUUUAAAGCCACCUAAACAUUUCACUGGGUUGAAAAUUGUGUCGUAGAAAUAUGAACAGUACAAAUGUACUGUUGUGUGUAUGUGAAAUGAUUCAUCCUUGUAACAUUGUGAUAUUGAUGUUAACUUUAUAUUACAAGAAUCACACAGCUUAAAGCAUACUGUAACAAUGAUUUGAGGAUUGUAAUUUCCAGUAUGCCAACAUGCUGGUAAUGUACUAUAUAUGUAUUGUAUACAAUAUACAGAGAGCUGGCACAAAUCACUUAUUACAUCUACAUGUAGUUUUGUGCCAGGUACCUGUAAUAUGACAUGAAGGUAAAGAGAGAGACAUAUAUGGCAGUAUCUCACUUCAUGACAAUGGAGAUUAUUGAUACAUCUGUGAUCAAUGUCUGGAUUAAAAUCAAGUUAUUUCUUUUUUGUAUUUCCCUCAAUUUACAUGUCUUGAUCAUUGGAAUUUUAAUUAACAACAUAGAAUGGCUAUCAAUAUAAUAAUCACAAACAAUUGUCAUCAGUGGAAACUUAUGCAUACAAUCGAGAUUGAUUUAUUAAAUGUUUGAAUGAACGUCAUUUUCUUCUGUUUCUAUACAGAUAUGAAGAUGACGGAUUUAAACAUAUCAAAUUGAAGAGAGAAAAAACUUAAGAGAUUAUAAGAAUCCCUCAUUUUCUUAUACAUUUAUUGUUCAUUUGUUAUACAUAGUAAUUUCUUAGUGAUUCAGAAAAGAACAAAAUUAUCAUAGUCAUCUGUUAAUGUGAUGACGAAUAGAAAUAUGUUCCAUUUGAAGAAGGUUAAAAAAGACUUAUUUAACGGGAAUAUUAUCUUCCAAAGCCAUAUCUGCUAGUUUACUGUGUUGGAAUGUGUGGGAAAAUGUGUGAUGAAAGCGAAUUGUUGAUUUCACAAAUUUACAAAUUUUUGGAAAUUAAAUGUUAGGAGGAUGCAUGUUUACCAGAAUAUGUAAAAAAAGGGAAGCUUCAUGAAGUUGAGGACUGCUUAAGUGAUUUAAGUUAAUUCACACUGAUACAAUAGUGCAAAUGAGGAAUUUAAAGCAAAAGGUACUGAAAAACAUAAACAUUGCUUGAUGAAGAAAACUUCAGCUGGAGGCAUUGUGAUCAACUGGUGAAGGUACGGCAAUCUGGAUAAUGACAAAUGUGGGAAAAUAUCCUUUUCUUAAAUAUAUAUCAGUAUGUGACAUGCAGCAAGAAUAGAUGUCUACACAGCUACGAAGAUGAAAGGAAGAAUGCAGGAUAGAAAUAUAUGUUUUUAAAAUUGUAUUCUCCCUUGGACAAGUAUAUUUCGAAAAUGUAAAUUCUUCAAAAACAGAGAAAAUUGGAUGCAGUCUUCUUCAUAGUGUAGAUUUAAAACAAAUGUGCAGUUGAUCAUUCUGGUAUUGUGAACUCUGAUUUGCAUAUAAACAUAUGUUAGAAGUAAAUAAAAGAGGGUGCGACCAUUUUUCAUAAUGAAA